UACAGUAAGUAGCAGGUAAUACAAAUCAUACACUUCACACAAGAUCAUAUUUAAAGCCCAGAAAGUCUAAAUGUUGUUUCUUUGAGUAUUCUUCAUGAGCUAAAGCCCCAGAUCGUCUUGUGGAAUGAUUCUCUGUUUAUAUCCAAGCUGUUUUUCAGAGAUUUGAAAACACCUUUAGGCUGUGGAUUUAGUUUUGGUGGAAAAGUGUUAAAAUAACACUUGUAACAAAAUGCCAUUGUUCGUGAAGUAUGCAGGUGCAAAAGCCGGUACGUUCAGAAGAACUCACCACAGCCUCACAACAAAGUCACUGGCAUGGUGACAAUUACCAACAAACAUAAAAAGCCAGCAACUCAGUAGUGGAGGAACAAACCAAACAUGUUUUACAAGCUUUAAAUGAACUGAGCCUUCUGUGUAAUCUAGAAGAAUAAUAAGAGGAGUUUGUGGGGUUUUUUUUGUUCUCCUCUCUGCAACAAUCUUCUGGGACCUAAAUUGUUUUGUGUACGACUCUGAAGUGAGUUAUUCCUACUGUAUUUCAGUUUAUGGGUUGGUUAUCUUAUUUCAUCUUUCUUCUGGCAUGUUUUCUUUUUUCUUUUUUUUUUUCAGUUUGGGUUCUUGGUUGGAUUCUUUAGAAAACACCAGCUUUGACACCAGAUGGAGGAGGAGUUGAUCUGUGGAGCCUGCAACAUGGUGUUUCGCUCCAAUGAACUGCUCGGGAAACAUACAGCACUGUUCUGCAUCGGUAGCGAGGUCAACGGUGGAGGUGUGGACCCUAAACAGACGAGAACCCCUGAUCUUAGUCAGGUAAACACCUCAGCAGGUAUGGCCUCAACACAGCUGAAUCAACACAAGUAUACACAAAUGAGGGGUCAGAGGAGGAACGUCAUCAGGCGGAGGAGUGUUGACGCCGAGCCAAAGGCAGGAAAAGCAGAAGACAAAGCAGCAAGCAGUCAGACGGACGGAGCUGCUGUGCAAAAUCUGACCGACGAGGCAAGUGGGUGUCAUCUGGGUCACAGUGAGAGACUGAGGGAGAUGAGGGAAAUGGCGACGCUCCACGAGCGACAACUGGCCCUGAUACAUGCUCACAACCAGCAGCUGGAGCAGCAAAGAGAUGAGCUGGCCCAGCAGGUAAGUGUCCUGUCUGAGCAGAGCAACGCAACUCACCUGGAGAGUCUGCUGAUGGAGCUGAGAGAGCAGGAGGAGAGGAACGAGGAAACACUGCAACAACUUGCUGAACAUCUCCAUGCAUUACAUGUGCAAAAGGUCCCUGUACCUGCUGAUCAGCCAGAUCCGGGCAAGAACAAAAAGAUGCAUCAUGAAAACUACGAGCUCAUUUCCUCUGUAGCCGGCCCUCUCUCUACCCAGAUAAAAGCCUUGCAACAGGCAUACGUCCAGUCAGGUGGGUCAGAUCCAGUCAUUGUGGCACAGAUGAUUGACCUGCAGUCACAAGCCCAAAGUCUGGAGAAGAACCAAUCAGCAGCGUCCACCAAGGCCAGGAAGAAGACCACAUCAUUGUCAUCCUCGUUUCCAGAGUUGAAGCCUUGUCAGCGGUGUCCGAGCCUGGAGUUGCUGGUUUUGGAGCAGGAGAACCAGAGGCUGGAGGAGGAGAUCCUCAGGAUCCAGCUGGCCAGAGAGAGAAACCAUGACUAUGAAGGUGGCCGUUCAGCAGCAGCGAGGACUGAGCUCAGGCUGAUUCAGAGGGAGAAUCUCCAGCAGCUUUCCAGUUUACAGGCAGAGAUGGAGAGAGGCAAAGAAUCUCCCUGGCCCUGGAGACAGCCUCCUCCUCCACCUCCACCUCCCCGUCCACUCCCACUCCAAACCAAGACUCACAUUCAUGCACCUCUUUCACUGGUGAGGUCCUGCUCCUCUCUGUCAGGAAGAGGCAAGAUGGACCCACUGGACUCUCUGGAUCCAGCACCCUACAACCCAGCAGCUGGUUUUGUGGUUUUCUUUGACCUGGUUCUGGGACUUGAUGCCUCUCUGAAGGCGUUGCGUCUGGUAGCAGCUGUCUACUCAGAGGGUCUGCAAGUGGGACCUCCGACUCCGCUGCCCCCUGUCCAGUGCCUUCGGGGAGUAUCCCUGCCUUACAGUCACGGCCUCACCCCUGGAAACUGUGCACUCCUGUCAGUCAAACAGCCUGCACCCAGGAUCCAGCCGUCACCCUCCCUCUGUCUGGUGGUGGAGGUGCAGGCAGCAAGCAAUCUGGAUGUUUAUAACCAGGAGGUGUUCAAAAUGGCGUCCUGUGGCUGGACACAACUGGAACUCUUUGAUCAAUACAACCAGCUUCGUAGCGGCCACUGGAGGGUGCCAGUGCGCAGGCUGCCUAUUAAACCUUCACUAAGCAUUGCCCAGCUCAACUCAGUACCGCAGGUGGGCAACAUGGAGCUGUGUGUACGUUUGGUCAAUGGUCGAGAUGGAGACGUGCAGACCCUUGCAAAGCCUGACCCGACCAGCACCGGGCACUAUAAAUACCCAGCUGUGGUAGGUUAAGAGGGGACUUAAGAGGGGAUCCAGUUUUUUUAAAAAAAUAGUCAAUUUAACUGUUCUGUACUAGAAGCCAACUUAUUGGAAGCAAUUAUAGCUAAAUAAUUUUGUUUUGAGUUAUGCACAAGAGACAGGGUAAUUGGAGUCAUUUGAUCAUUGCUGCAAUGUAAAGAAAGAUCCUCUUUGUCAUCUUUACGCAUAAAAGUGUCACUACUGAUAAGUCUACAUAUGUACGAAGAUUUUGUACAUUGUAAAUCCUCUAUAGAGAAAAGGCAGUACAGCAAUGUAUUACAGGAAAUGCAAGUAAUGGUUUUCAUAACAACUUACAUAUUACAUACAUAACAUAUUUGGACAAACAAAUGCAAUUUUACCCUCGACAACAAUACGAGUGUCACCUAUGGAUUCUGUGUCUUUGGAAGCAAGUGCAUGUUACUUUUUUUAUUUUAUUUUUUUUUAAUGUGCUGUUGGGUUUACCUCAUGUCUCCAUACAGGUGUCCCCUCUCCCUGCGACUGUCCACAGAAAUGCAUCACUGCCGGUUUCAGCUCCACCGCCCACAGGAGCAGAUGAGCUCUCCUCCCUGCUGACCUCGACUGAUCACAGAGACCCUCCACCCACAGAUGAAGCCAGUCACAGUUGAAAGAGACAGACAUGGCAUGCAGAAAACAUCUUUACAAUGAGGGUUUAUCAGAUAUGUCAAAUGUCAAACUUUGAUUACCUUGCAAAAGUGUAAACAAGGGCUCCUCUUACUUUCCUUUUGGUGCAGUUGAAAGACGCAGGGGUCCACAGUUGAAGCGGAGAUAUACAGGACAGCUCGUAAGAUGAAUUCAGCAGCACAUUGAUGGAAAAGAGCACAUGAAAUUUAACAAUGUCCUACAUUAAAAUUAAGCGGUACAUACGGACAAAAGUAAAUUUGACAUCUGUGACCAACCAUAAAUCAACUGAAACAAAAUUAAUCAAUCAACUGAAGUGUCAAAUGCUCACAAGGUCCUUGAACCCAUGGUGAUGUUUUCAAUUUCUUUUAUUCCCCCUACAGUCUAAAACUUAAUGUUCAAUUUACCAUUUUAGAAGAUUCUAAGAAAACCAAAAAUAUACAUUUUAAAAAAAGGUCAGGUUUUGUGGUGCUGUGAGCCCAGUUAGAUGAUUGACAAUCAUUGCAGAUUGUCUGCAUAUAGACUGUAGCAGCUUUUGUUGGGUUGGAGCAUUCACUCAGUUAUUGUACACUCAAAUUACAUAGAGAAAUUCUUGUAGCAAAAAGCCUAUCAACUAGAGAUAUUCUCAAUUUAUGACGUUAUUACAUAUUUGCUGUAUGAAUAUCAUUAACCCGAGUAACUUAAAGUAAGACGACACAUUCAGGUGUGGCCACGAAACUAUCAGUGCACAUUUAAUUUCUUCUGACAGGAAGAGCUGCAGUCAGUGUUUGUCCCACAAGUGCUCCUUCAUUGAUUAUCCUGAAGGUCACGGUGGGGUAGGGCGGGCCAAUUUCUAACCACCAAUUAACCUAAUGUGCAUAUCUCUGGAUAGUGGGAGGAAUCCUGAGUACCUGGAGGGAACCCACAUAGGCACGAGAACAUGGAGACUCCACACACAGAGGCCCCAGCCCACCGAGUCACAA